AUGCAAAAAUUAUUUCAGGAAAAAACAUAUUCAUCAGAUUUCGUACUUAUGCCAUGGGAUGAUACCCUUAGAAUAAAUAUAUCAAAUGGGGAUUGUGAAGAAUCGUGUACAAGAUGGGACAUGAUUCUUAAACAAUUAGAUUUAUCAAAUCAAAUUUUAAAUUGUUUGGAUUUAAUCAAUAUUAUAAAAAGUUAUAAUAUCGUAGUAGAUAAAAAUGGAAAACAAAGUCAACCAUUUUGGAAAUUUUUCAUUCUUCAAAAAUAUUUUUCAAAUUUGAAUGAUAAUGAAGUACGAGAGUUUUUUCAAGAAGAUGGCACAUUGUCGACGAUAAGACAUUUAGCAUUAGAAUUAAAAACUCUUGUACCUAAAUUAGAAUUAUUAAAAACUGGUAAAAAUUCUGUGAUAAACCUGCAUCAAAUUCAAAUAGCCAGCCUUUUGGCAAAUGCUUUUUUAUGUACAUUUCCAAAGGGAAAAGCCGAUUGUCCAUCUUUUAAUUUUAUUUCGUUAUAUGAAAGCAGUAUUGGCCCUUCUGUGAAUUGUAACAUUGAAAAACUUAAAUGUAUUGUUCAUUAUUUUAAUAAAAUUAAGAAAAAACACCCUGGUGGCCUUUUAUCUUUUCAUAGAUUAUGCAUUCCUGAUCAUAAAUUUCCCAGAUGGGAUAAAACAUCUGUCGCAUUAACUUCGUUGACUGUUGAUGCGAAAGGAAAAAUUGAAGAUCAGAAUGGAUUUUUGCAAAUGGAUUUUGCCAACAAAUAUGUUGGUGGUGGUGUCUUGGGCAGAGGUUGCGUUCAAGAAGAAAUAAGAUUCAUUAUUUGUCCCGAGUUAAUUGCAGCAAGAUUAUUUACAGAAAGUUUGGCAGAUAAUGAAGCAUUAUUUAUUGCCGGUGCUGAACGAUAUUGCAACUAUUCCGGAUACGCAAGUACUUUUAAAUAUGGCGGAAACUACGAUGACGUCACGGAAAUGGACGAAUCGGGGCGGAGAAAAACUUAUUUAAUUGUUGUCGAUGCCCUUUAUUUCCACCGUUUUCCCGAGCAAUUUCGGGAAAGUAAAAUCCUUAGGGAAUUGAAAAAGGCUUACGUCGGAUUUAAACCGUUGGAAGACGGUCUUCCUCUUCCUCUGGCAACGGGAAAUUGGGGAUGCGGAGCAUUCGGUGGUGAUCCACAACUCAAAUCCUUAAUUCAAUUAAUGGCUUCGUCUCAAGCUCGAAGAAACAUGCUUUAUUUAACGUUCGGAGACUUGGCGUUAAAAAAACAAAUCGAAGAAGUUUAUAAUUUACUCGUUGAAAACAACGUAAACGUCGGGAUGCUGUAUAGAAUUAUUCGUUUGUACCACAGGGAAAAAAGAAAAUCACAAACCGUGUUUCAAUUCGUAAAAGAAUUAAUAGAAAAAAACAAUGAAAAAAGAAAUCAACAAAUUCCCACAACAUCGGAAUUCCGGGCAAUUUCGGCAACUGAAAAUGCAAAGUUAAAUAAUACCACCGAAUGUGCAGACGACGGCGAGGAUUCGAUCAAUUUUCCGGAUAUGGAUGUAGAUUUCGAAGAUUUGGACGAAAACGACGUCAAACGAAAUAAAUUUUCAUUCGAAUGUCAAAGUUCAUCAUCAUCUAACAAAGAGGAAAAAUUUAUUACGACGGAUACGAUUUGGUACGAAAACGAAAUAAAUUUUCACAAAGGAACCAAAGAUCAAACCGUCGAUUUGGAAAAUAAUUUAAGCUCAUCUCAAAAUUUAUUUUCCGAUGAAAAAAUGGAAAAUUUUAGGGAAAAAAAAUCACCGGAAGGUUGCGCGAAUAAUCAAAAUGAUUCCGGAAGUACUAAGGAAUCGAAUUUUCCUCACACAAAAACUCCAAAUGAAGAAAAAAAUAACAAACAACAAUUCAUCAAAUCUGAAAAAAAAUUCGUACAAAAAAAAAUAACGGAUUGUUAUUUUAUAACGAAAAAAUAA